CUUUCAAUUUUUCUCGCCCUUGCAAUUUGGUUGCACAGCCUUCUCAACUGAGGAUGUUGAACCUGAUGAUUUGAAUCCUAAAACGGUGAAUACCUCCACGGCCAAGCUAGCUCUCCCCUUGACCCCCAUCAGUACAACCUGCAGUUCCACCAGCAUUGCUUCCUCUCAUUCCCCUUCCUGUACUUUGAUUCCAGCCAAAGCAGCAGUUGCUUGUAGCACAGCUACAAGCAGUUCCACUAAUGGCUCAAUAGCAGCUUUAGGUAGUACAGAGGCUAGCUUGUCCGAAGACACUUCACUCAAUAAGGUUACCUCUAACUCAGCCUCGACUCCAGUGACCGCAGUGGUAGCUGCUGCAGCCGCAGCAGCAGCGGCUGCAGCUGCUGCAGUGGCUGCAUGCCAGGUGCAGCUAUGGCAAUUCCUACUCGAACUUCUGACUGAUUGGCGACAUAGAGAAGCGAUUCACUGGGUGAGCGAAGAUGGCGAGUUCAAGCUAAGCAACCCUGAACGCGUAGCAGCCAUGUGGGGCCGGCGCAAGAACAAACCCGCCAUGAACUAUGAGAAGCUUUCUCGAGCACUCAGAUACUACUAUGAUGGUGACAUGAUCUCCAAGGUAGCCAGCUUGCUUUUCAGUCGAAUAUAUCUAGGUUAUCUUUUUUUGUUUUCUAUUAUCAUGAAUUUUUAUGAUGGUGCGAAGGAUAUCACUUAUUUGACUGCAUCUAGAACAUUUAAUUUAAAAUCUUUUCAAUACGCAGCGCUCUGGAGGAGCGUUCACGGGAAGCGAUUUGUUUACAAGUUUAUCUGUGACUUAAAAAUCCUACUGGGUUUCUCGGCUGGCGAGCUUUACAGUUUGGUGAAGAACUGCGCCGACAGACACUCAUCAAGGAUCAGACUUCGACGUGGCAGCCAAAUUAAUUCUUCAACGACUGGAAUUUCACGCCAUCAACUCACGAUUCCUCUACCACUCUCUCUAGAUCCUCCCUCCCUUUUGUCAUCUCCUCUGUCCUCUCCAAAUAGCACUUCUACCACCAGUAACAGCGCCACUAGUAUUACUACUGCUAAUGCAAAUAUCCAUUCCCAUGCUCUUAUUUCUAGUGGAUCGACAGCUACUUCGUCUACAUUAGGGAACACCGAAACUAAUUCUUCUCACAGACUCGGUAUUGUCCGUGCUCGCUCCGAAGCAGCUGUCCCUCGGUCUACAGAAAAAUUGUUGAUUGGUAGAUUCGCUACAUCAGCAACUCCGCAUAGACAUUCUUUUUUUACAAGUGCCGAUAAUGAAAUAUUCUCAUCUGGUGACGGUGGUCGUGGCAACUUCAAUACUUUCAAUGUGACAUCUUGGCAAGGG